GUCGUCUCACCGCCCAGCUCAAAGGCGCUUCUUGUCUGCACCACCACCCAACCCAACCCAAUCCCUUCUCUUCUCUCCUCACAUCAGCAAUGGCCCAGGACGAAUACGAUUACCUCUUCAAAGUUGUCCUCAUCGGAGACUCCGGCGUCGGCAAGUCUAACCUCCUCUCGCGGUUCACCCGCGACGAGUUCAACCUCGAGUCCAAGAGCACCAUCGGCGUCGAGUUUGCCACACGUUCCAUCUCCGUCGACGGCAAGACCAUCAAGGCCCAGAUCUGGGAUACCGCCGGCCAGGAGCGCUACCGUGCCAUCACCAACGCGUACUACCGUGGCGCGGUCGGUGCCCUGCUUGUCUAUGAUAUUUCCAAAAACAGCACCUACGAGAACUCCUCCCGGUGGCUCAAGGAGCUUCGCGAUCACGCAGACAGCAACAUCGUCAUCAUGCUCGUCGGAAACAAGAGUGAUCUGCGGCACCUGCGCGCCGUUCCCACCGAGGAGGCAAAGAACUUUGCUGCCGAGAACAACCUUUCCUUCAUCGAGACUUCGGCCCUCGAUGCCUCCAACGUCGAACUUGCCUUCCAAAACAUUCUCACCGAGAUCUACCGCAUCGUCUCUGCCAAACAGCUAGAUCAAGCCAACGAAACCGCUCCCCGACCAGGCGAGGGCAAGCCCAUCGAUUUCGCCCGCCCACCUGAUGAGAGCAAGAAGGACUCUUCAAAGUGCUGCUAAAUCAACGCACUCGGAUGGCUCGAAACAGUAGAAUACCGCGGGGGAUCGAAUUGGAUGACAGGAGCAGCCUAUCGUACAUCUGCACCAUGUGCUCUUUCCAGCACUAUAUUGCUUGGUAGUUUAGCGCUUGCGCUUUUUUGUGUUUGAUUGUUGCUGUCUAUUUACCGAUGUUGAGUUUCAAUGCUUUUUUUCCAUUCCUUUUUUUUGUUCUGUCUUGUCUUGUCUUUGUUUGUAUGUGCUUUGCUUCUCUUUCGAUCUAUAAUCGUGAUGACGCGCUAUGACGGCGGAAUGAGUAGAGUCAAUGUCUAUACUGUACAAAAUAAUGCGCGACGCGCGGGAGCUCUAAGCUUUUGGUUCAUCCUUUUCGUCUUCUGUUUUAUAAUUUAGUCAAUGUAGAAGCUGACUUUAUCGGUCGUUCGUCUUACGUGGUUUUUCAAUACAUUUAGUAGCAAUCAU